GGACCUACUGUAGUAAAUUAAUAAUUGUUUUAUUGUGUGCAUCACAUGACGAUUUUUACACACCAACUUUUUAUAUUUUACUGUAAAUCUGUAGGCAAGUGAAAUUUAAUUAUAAAAGGCCUAUAGAUAGUUAAUAUAUAAUCCCUAACUACAAAUCCCAUGAUGUACCUGUUGGUUUCCUUAGAAACGCGUUGUUGUCUUUCGACAGGUAAAUGUUUGUCGAUUCGGGUUGAAACACGGAUUUCUAAACAAUCUGAGUAAAAUAGCGUUUUGCUAUUAUAGUUUUACUAAGUCUGUUGGUGAGUGACUCUACAGGUGUUAAUAUGUAUGGAGCUCCAGUGGAUUUGUCUUUUAAACACAUCAGCAGUUUGGCAGACACAUGGACAGAGGAACCCAGCAGAGGUCUGCGGCCUGUGAAGAGAAAUUCAGAGAUGAAGUACAUAAGCUGCUCCUUGCGUCUCAAUAACAACAACAUCACUCACCUCCAUGAUCUCCAGAAGACCGUUAACCACUUUCUGGUUGAACCAUCACAUCUUGCCUGGCUGGACCUUUCCUUCAAUAAAAUCUCACACAUAGAUCAAGUUUUAUUUGAGCUGCAUGAACUCCGUAUGUUGUAUCUACACGGCAACAGCAUUUUUAUUCUGUCAGAGGUGGACAGGCUGGGAGUGCUACCACAUCUCCACACCAUCACUCUGCAUGGCAAUCCAAUCGAAACCAACAAGGCUUACAGGAAUCGUGUGAUUUCUGCUCUGCCUCGGUUAAAGACGAUGGACUUCAGCGCUGUGACGCGCCAGGAGCGUGUCAUGGCGAAGAUUUGGCACCACAGCAACAACCGCAGCUGAAGCAGUAAGGAGACACUGCAGUGACUGCUGGCUCUUCUCCAUCAUGGUGUGUUGAAAUCAUAGUUUCACCCAGAUAUUCUGCUCCACAUCCACUGCUCAAAUACCAAUAAAAUGUUGUGUGUCUGUA